CACGGAACAUCUCAGUUGCUGUGUGGAGAGAUUUGACGGAGGGACACUCCUGUACAUGGACCAUCACUGCGCUGCAAUCCGCCGCCUGCUCACACACGCAUGUAACGCAUGUGAAUAUUUUAUUUUUGCAUGUCAGCAGAGGAGGAACUAGUCGCCGGGUCCUCGGCUAUUUGUCUUUUCUUCUCGCUUCUCCCCUCCUAUGUCACUCUAAUUAAUCGGAGGCAUGUGGAAUCGCACCAGGAUUAGGAAUUGCUUCCCAAUAGUGUGGCUGCUGUUGACGUUAUGGACGGAGGUGUCCCAGUCAACUGGCUAUUUUGAGUUGCAGCUGAUCUCCGUGGAGAAUGUAAACGGCGAGUUGGCGGACGGGGAGUGCUGCGACGGCUCCAGGAGCUCCCAGGACCUGCGCUGCACCCGAGACGAGUGCGACACUUACUUCAAAGUGUGCUUGAAGGAGUACCAGAUGGAGGUCACCACCAGCGGCCCCUGCACAUUCGGAGCCGGAGCUACACAAGUUCUUGGUGGAAAUAUGUUUUCUUUUAAGGGUGCAAAGAAUAACCCGAAUAAAAUCGAUGAAGCUGGCAAGAUUUUGAUCCCCUUCCAGUUUGCGUGGCCGCGGACAUAUACGUUGAUCGUGGAGGCCUGGGACUGGGACAACAACACACGGAACACAGAUGAGGAGGAGCUGCUGAUCGAUCGCAGCACACACACUGGAAUGAUCAACCCCGGCGACAACUGGCAGACCAUCCUGCAUGACGGGCCCAUUGCUCGCCUCAUGUAUCGCAUCCGGGUGCGGUGUGAUGACAACUACUAUGGCAACAAGUGCAAUAAGCUGUGCGUUCCUCGAGACGACUACUUUGGCCACUACCGCUGUGAGCAGUCGGGGGCUCAGGUCUGUCUGGAGGGAUGGAUGGGUCCGGACUGCAGGAUAGCAAUCUGCAAACAAGGCUGCAACCUGUUACAUGGAGGCUGUGCUGUCCCAGGAGAAUGCAAGUGUAACUACGGCUGGCAGGGCCAGUUCUGUGAUGAAUGUGUUCUUUAUCCUGGAUGUGUCCAUGGGACCUGCAACCUACCCUGGCAGUGCAACUGUGAGAGGAACUGGGGUGGCCUACUGUGUGAUAAAGAUCUGAACUACUGUGGUCGCCACCAGCCGUGUGUCAACGGAGGAACCUGCAUGAACACAGAGCCAGAUGAAUAUUACUGCGCCUGUCCACUGGGCUACUCUGGAAAAACCUGUCAGAUAGCUGAGCAUGCCUGUGUUUCCAAUCCAUGCGCCAACGGAGGUGCAUGCCACGAGGUUCUCACAGGUUUCGAGUGCCAGUGUCCACCAGGCUGGGAGGGUCCGACCUGUGCCAACAAUUUGGAUGAAUGUGCCUCCAGCCCGUGUGCCCAGGGUGGAACCUGUAUCGAUCUGGAGGACGGCUUCGAGUGUGUGUGUCCCCCACAGUGGGAAGGAAAGACCUGCCAGAUAGAUGCGAAUGAGUGUGCAGGGAAGCCCUGUGUGAACGCUUACUCUUGCAAAAAUUUGAUCGGCGGAUAUCACUGCGACUGUUUUCGGGGAUGGUCUGGACAGAACUGUGACAUCAACAUCAGUGGCUGUCAUGGCCAAUGCAAGAAUGGAGCAACGUGCAAGGAAGGGCUGAGAGGUUACCACUGCCAGUGCCCUCCAGGCUUUGUGGGCACUCACUGUGAAAUUCAGAGGAAUAAGUGUGACAGCCAGCCGUGCCACAACAACGGCAAAUGCCAUGCAGUGUUGGACGGCUUCGUGUGUGAAUGCCCACCAGAGUUUGCUGGACAGCUGUGUGAGAUUCCUACUUGGUCCCCUUCAGAUACUUGCGAUUCCAACCCCUGUGAAAACGAGGCCACGUGCCACAGCAUGGGCCAGGACUUCUACUGUGCAUGUCCCGAAGGCUACGAGGGAAAGACCUGUGAACAGCUCAAGGAGAACUGUCAGACCACCCCUUGUCAAGUGAUUGACAGCUGCACUGUUGCUGUAGCGACCAAUGACUCCGCCGGAGUGCGGCACAUCUCCUCCAACGUCUGUGGUCCUCGAGGUCGUUGCAUCAGCCAGCCAGCAGGAAACUUCACCUGUGUCUGUGACCAGGGCUUCAGUGGCAUCUACUGUCAUGAGAACAUCAACGACUGCAUCAGUAACCCCUGUAAAAAUGGAGGGACCUGCAUUGACGGUGUGAACUCCUUCCAGUGUUUCUGUCCUGAUGGCUGGGAGGGACAACUCUGCGAUCUCAAUGUCAAUGAGUGCAGACACAACCCUUGUAAGAAUGGCGGACGCUGUGUCGACCUGGUGAAUGACUUCUACUGCGAGUGUGCCGACAACUGGAAGGGCAAGACCUGCCAUUCCCGUGAGAGCCAGUGUGAUGCAACCACCUGCAGCAAUGGAGGCACCUGUUAUGACCAUGGGGAUGCCUUCCGCUGUGCCUGCCCUCCAGGCUGGGGAGGAAACACGUGUAAUACAGCCAAGAACAACACAUGCGCCUCCAGUCCUUGUUCCAAUGGUGGAACCUGUGUGGGAGGAGGAGACACCUUCACCUGCAUCUGCAAAGAAGGGUGGGAAGGCCCCACCUGUGGCCAGAAUACAAAUGACUGCAACCCUCAUCCAUGUUACAAUGGCGGUAUUUGCGUGGAUGGAGUCAACUGGUUCCGCUGUGAAUGUGCCCCUGGGUUUGCUGGACCAGACUGCAGAAUCAACAUAAACGAAUGUCAGUCUUCACCGUGUGCCUAUGGAGCUACUUGUGUGGAUGAGAUCAACGGCUUCCGCUGUAUAUGCCCACUUGGAAGAAGAGGCCCCCGAUGCCAAGAGUUUAUAGGUGUUGGAAAGACUUGCCACUACGCCGGGCUGCAUUUUCCUCACGGCAGUCACUGGGAGGAAGAGUGCAACAGCUGCCACUGCAUCAAUGGCAAAGUGGAUUGUACAAAGGUGCUGUGUGGUCGUCGUCCCUGCCGGCUCCAGUCGUCAGACCAGGACCAGAGACAGCACUCCUGCCCGGCUGGAAGGGAGUGUGUGGAGCACAGAUACCUCACAUGCUUUUCCCCUCCUUGCAAUCAGUGGGGGGUUUGUUCCAUAGCUGGACCCUCACCUCCACAAGCAGCCACCAAGUGCCAGCCUAACAAUGGGUAUCUGGACAACAGCUGCGGCCGCAUAACGCUUGUUUUCAAAAGAGACAAAGUACCAUCAGGAACAACAGUGGAGAACGUCUGCUUUGAGUUGAGGUAUCUCCCUGAUACACGAAGCUUGGCGACAGACCAUGCACUUCUCCUGCUCUGUGACCUUUCACAUUCCACGCCGGAUGCUGUAGAAGUUGCUAUUUCUUUCCAGCCAGAGGAUCUACCAGAUCACAGUCUGAUCCAGCAGGUAGCCAGCACCAUAGUGGGCACCUUGUCCAAGAGACACAACAGUACCACAAUGCUGGCAGUCACUGAGGUCAAAGUGGAAACGCGGGUCAUGCCCCCCUCAGUGGAUUACCUCGUGCCCCUAGUCUGUGUUAUCUUCUGCUUGCUUUGCCUUUUCUGCAUCAUCGUAUGUGUUUGGUGGACGCGCAAGCGAAGAAAAGAACGUGAGAGGAAUGCCCGAUCUACCACAGAUGACAAUGUGAACAACCAGUGGGAGCCUCUUCGGCUGGUUGUGGGACGGCAGCAGCAGCAACAACAGCAGCUCAAAGAAAGCAACAGGGAGGCUGAACAGGAGCGCAAAAAGCUUAUGGGCCCCUCCUAUCGGACGUGUGAUGAAGGAGAGGAGGAGGAGGAAGAAACAGAAGGCGAGCUAGAGCUCGAGGAGGAGACUUGUGGAGCAGAGGCGGGAAAGCAGCCAGUUUAUAAGUACUCUAAGACUGCAGUGCAGUCCAGUGGGGGAGUGAUCUGCACCCUGCACAGCUCCAGUUCACCCCUCAAAGCGCCCCAUCGGACCCCAGGCUACAGCCCCAAAGACAACCGCUGGAAAAAUGUCAGUGCCGUCUUUAAUGGUCAAAAAGACCUUGGAGAUCAUUGUGUAUAAGCAAUUUAAACAAAGGACUCGCAAUUUCUCAGCGAGAGAAGCUGCAAGGCAGCGACUAUUCUUAUUUUUGGACUACUUUUGGGAAGAGAAAAAGGCUUUGUGUUUUAAUAAGCCAUUCUUUGCUUUGUUUUCAUGUUGUUGUCACUGUCACCUGAAAAGAUUUUUUUUUUUAUUUCAGGAGGCUAGAGCACAGUGAACAUCCUUUUUUGCUUCUGUUCACUUAUUUUUCUUUAAAUAUGUACAGAAGGAGCUGAUUUUUUUUUUUCAGGGGGCAAAAUAUGCUCUGCAUUUUUUGUUUUUGGAAUUGUACAAUUUAAGAAAUGAAUGGAAUCAUCAGAAAGGAGAAAAUACAACCUGUAUAAAGACAUUUUUGGUUAAAGAUGAUUUUGAUUGUGUUAAAUUGUCAGCAGGCUCCUGUUCAGUGUCUGUGGGGGGCAGAUAGUAAUUUAAAGGGACAGCGAAGGAAGGGUUUUUAGGGAAACUGACUGUUGCAGCCACUGUAACAGAUGAAACCCUCCCUUUGCUCGGUCUCUUUCUGGCUUUGCCCACCGAUCCACCUGUGGCCGUCAUGCGCCAGCCUUACCAAAACACUUGGCCUGGAGGGGAGAGGGGACAGAAACCCCAGUGCCUACUAUGUGGCCUUCCAUUUGUUUUCUCCUGUCUCUCAGUUGACUUGGCUGAAAGCUCUGUUUGAGGAUUUUUUGCAGUAUUUGAGUUGGUAGCAAGUGCCUUUCUAAGAGCCUUGUCGAGGCUCCAAGUCGCGCUGCCCAGUUUGACCUCCUUGUUCUCAAAUCUCAAAGGGAUGUAAGUGUACAUUUAGAGAGUUCAAUUUCACAGCAACGCCAUUCAAGGUAUUUGAUCAAAACAGAAAUGAAUACUUUGUACAUAUGUGUAAAUAAUAAAGGAGUCGCUGUGUAUAUUUGAAAUAAGUAACUUAAAGACAAGUCACACAUUUUUAUUAUUAUUGAUAUAUGAUUAAUAUUAUUUUUAUUUUUUUUACAAUGCCAUUCCUUUUAUUUAUGCCAGUCAAAAUAGGCAGGUUUUAUAACACUUCAUAUCCAGAGUCCCGCAGUUUAAACCGUGCAGUGAGGUACCACAGAUGAAGGACUUUCUGAGGGGCUUAUCAAUGGUUUGUCACAGGGAAAAGAUGCAAUUGCAAAAUUGCAAAUGCGGUCUAAGGGUUACAUGCUUAAUACUUGGUAUGAUAUGCUAUAUUUUUAUCUUAAAACAUCUAUGUUGUCAGAAAAAGUGGUCCAGUAUUCCCGGAUCUAGCCUUGUUUUUUACAUCUGGAAAUUAUGAUUUGGAUGCAGACUGAUCUUUUUUUAUUUAUUUAAGAAAAACAUAUUAUGAAUAUUCAGCAUCUGAAGGAUACAUGUAAAAAUGAAUGAUGGUUCAGUUGUAAGAUCAUGAAGAGAGCGAACAGCUAUUUUUUUUAACUUGGUUACCAUCCUUUAUUGCUACUAUAGACCUCCCUGAUUUCUGUUAAUAUUAUAGCCUUAAAUGCUUUUCCCUGCAAUAGUUACAACCAUUUUUAAACCCAUCACAAACCCUUUUGUUUCAGGUGCCUUAUUGUAACGAGUAAUGCAUUAUUUGUGUAAUCAAUGGCCAUCUUUUUAUGUUGUUGGUUUGUUUUCAAUAUUAAGGAAAGUAACUCUUUUGUGUGGUGUAUUGUGGCGUGUUUUAUUCGCCUGAGUAAAGUGCUCUCCUUGUUUCACUUUGCUUUCAUGGAGAUUCCUGGAAUAAAACACUGAUGGAGGAGGAAAAGAACAGUCCCCCAUGGCUCUGUUGAGCAUCAUGGCUGUGGACGUCAGGUCAAAUGUGGACAUCAUGCAUUAGUUUCAUGUUUGGUUUAAAGGCUUUAAUGAAGGGAACAAUAUUUGCAUAAGCAUGUUUUUUUGCUACCAUGCAGAUGUGUUUUUUAAGUUACCAACUCAGUUCAAAAUGACAAAAUUUUACCCCGUUCAUAUGUCAUUGUCUCAAAGCGCCAUCAUAUUUUCUGUAAAUGGGACACAGCAAAAUAAAGAAUUAAAGAUGCAUCACUGUUGGUGUUAAAGCUGAAUAUGCAUAUUGUAUACAUUUUAUUCUACAAGGGACAUAAGUUAAUUUUGUACAAAUCAAAAAGGUUUCCAUUCUUUUAGCAGAUGUUUCAUUGUUCUUAAUCAUCCCAGUUAUUUAUUAAAGCAGUUUUGACACAUCUUGA